CCUGACAACGGCUUCAUACACGGAAAUGGUUGUCUCUGCCGCGAAAUAUCAACAGCUCAACUUCAAAGAGGGAGAAAUGUCACUGAAAAUGUGUUUUAACAGUGGUUUUAACCUGUAGUCACAUAUGUAUGAAGUGCUGUGGCUGUAAUGCAGCGGAGGAAAGCGGCCGUGAGAGUGGAAGUGAAGCAGGUAAUCCAGACUCUGUGCAGGCUGUUAGCGGCCGUUGGGCUGGAAUCUGUCCCGUCACCGGAGGACUUCAGACGGGCUAAAUUCGGUGGAGGACCCGAGGUGGAGGAUCAGUUCUGGCAGCUCCUUGCCAAUAUCCUUCAGACAACCAACAUUGCUUCCCGUGAAGCUGGUGCACAGCUCGGAGGAGAGCACAGGAAGCUGGUAGCUGCAAGCCUCUGGCAGACUGGCUACCAUGCUGACUGGAUAUAUGGAAGUGACUGGAGGGAGGAAGGGAGAUUUUCCAGCAGAGACCUCCUCCUGGCACUCGGCUGGCUGCUCACUACAGGCAAACUGGAGAAACUGCUGACACAGCGAGUACAGCAACUGGACAAAACACUACUCACACCUUUACCUGUGAACCAUCAGCUUUCCAAUAAGUUCCAGUUUGACUCGCCAUCUCUGAGGAAACUUCAGUGGCUCAUUGGCUGUUUGAGAUACCAGGGGCAGACACUGCUGUCCAUGCAAGAAGAACGAACUUGCUUGCUCCAUUCUGUUUCCUUUGCAAGCCUCCCUUCCCCUGUAUCUUCCUCCUCCUCCUCCUCUCACCAAAGCCAAACCGUGCAAAGGAAGGAUUGUGUUUGUUUGCGGCUGCUCUGUGACCUCCUAGAAGCAUAUCUGAACUGGAAACAGGUGGAGGAAGUCUUCUGGACCUGGAUGGACAGUGUGGUGGAUUGCCACCUGACAGAUCCUGGAGUAAACAAGUCUUCACAUGCACCCAGUGGCAGUGCAAGAGUGUGUCCCCACCAGAACCAGGGGCUACAAGAAUUGGAGGACAUGCUAUUGAAAAUGCCUACACAGCAGAAAGGACAGAGGAGAGGCAGAGGGGAUGCUGAGGAAAGAAAACCAGGAGAAGGAGGAGGAAAGACGUUCCAGGGUGCAUUGGACCCCUCUUGCCUCCCUCCUCUUCCCUCCUCUCUACCCUGCCUGCCUUCCCACCUCCCGGUCUACCGAGCCAGUCUCCAGACUGAGAGGCCAGACGGACGCACCAGACACCUAGCAAAAGGGUCCAGCAGCGAGGCAAAGACUCCGGAGAAGCUCCCAGUGUCUCAGGCUUCGCAGCUGCUUCGUCAGACUGAGGCUCUGCUGCUGGACAGGAGGAACAGGCAGAGACUGGCCAACAGGAUACAGCUGCAGGAGAUGAUCGGCAGGCUGGACAAUCUGGUGUUGAUACCACCAUAGACUUUUUUAUAAUCCUCAAAUUGUUAAAUUACUAAAUUUAAAAAUAAAUGCUUAUGAAUUUUAAUGUUUAAUUUGCCAAUGAUUUACUUGACAUUUGGAUGAAACACAUUGAAAACAAAAUUUGCAUCUUUAUUUAUUCAUCAAAUUGAAUAACACCAAAUUAAUUUUCAGCAUUAUAAAAAAGUGAAAAAAAGAGUAUAAUUUUGAGAUGCUCGACUUGAGCACUUAUAAUUUGUGUUUGACAUUUUAUUUUGAACAUGUAAAAAGGAAAAAU